GCGUCAAUUCGGCGUCGCUGAGCUUCAGUUCCACCGAAGAGGAAGUCAGUCGAGGCGGCGCUAAUGAACUUGAUCAGCAGCCGCGUUAUGACGACACGCUGGCCCCCUUGGUGCACAUGGCGUCGCCCAGCAACUCGUGCUCGCUAGGAGCGCGAUUGUGCUUCAGAGUUCCUGCAAACAUCGACGGGUGCGACAGCCCCGCGUCGCGCACCUGAGACAGGGCCCCUUGGACUAGCUUAUUCUCCUUCACGCCCGGCAGACGCGCCCCUCGGGGGGAGCAGCCUCCGCCUCACGACCAACAGCACGCGGAGUCAAUGAUCUCUCAGACGACGCCGUCCGUCAUCACGGACGCUCCUGCCAGGCAGCCCAGCGUUGGCUUAUGCCCCCCAGCUCUGAAGGCAAAGAGCGACCGACCUCUGCACGGUGUCCUCAAGAAGACUACAUUAGAUGAGGAUGCACUCACCCUGCCCACUGGUGAACUCAGCGAGGGAAACGACUCGUUGAAAAGCUUGACGUCAUCUGAAUCAAGUCCUUCGAAAUCUUUAAAGUCUAACCGUCAUGUUAGUUUCAGUGCUAGUCCAAGCGUUUACCCCAUCACAAACAUGUCAGAGUACAACUCGUACGACUCCUCAUCAUGCUUCAGUCGAAACGUUCUAUGGGGUGACCAGGCGAACGUCUGCGGUGAUCCCGAAGAAGCUCCAUUAGUUCAAGUUUGUAAGCUAGUUGACCUCGAGGCUCAAGUAUGCGUUAAAAGCAAGGCUAUCAUAACCUACACUCCUACAACUUGUGCCGUAGAAACUCCUCGCAGAGAAACAAAGGCUGCAGGCAAUAGAAUACUUUCUAAUGCAGAUGGAAUGGAAGAGAAUUAUCUGGCAGAUCGUCGGUCCCGACACUUAGGAAUCGAAAACAAUGAAAGCUCAUCCAUACCGAGCCUUCCUUUAACAAGCCCACCACCAACCAUCACCAAGCUGACUGAUGCCGAGAAGUUUUCUGAUACCGAGUCAAAUGCUUCAAGAAUAUCACAAAUCAAAGAGCGGUUAACCCAAAAAGUGUCCCAGAACUUUAUAAGUGGAAGCUCUCUGUGCAGUUCUAGAACUCCAGGUAGGAUGUUCGACUCUGAAACAGUAGCUGAUAAAACUCGCUCCAGCUCACAUGUUCCUAGUUCUUUUACCGAUGUUGCCGGUGCGCCUUACUCGUCUUCGUCUACCACGCAGUCCAGUACUAAUGUCAUCCUCAGCUCCGUGGCGCCCACGAAGCUCGUCGGCUCUACGAGUAUCAUGUCUUCUAGAGGAGCAAUAGCCUCCCUCGCACUACCACCUAAAAGAAUAACUUUGAAAGACGUUCGUUCUACAUCAAAAAUCAAAAUCGAAGCCCCCAAGCCAAAAUUAGAUCCUUCUAGUGUCAAAGUUUCAUCUCUAAUUUCCCCCAAGUUGUACAACGAAGAGAGCGAUUUCAACCUUACUUCUCCAUUGACUUUUGAAGCCCACGGCAACUCAUUCACUCAUGAUAUGCAUGGCAGUAAAAAUUCUUUACCUGACGAAAUGAGUACUGUUGCAUCAACCCGAAACGAAACCCCUAUCACAUGUAUGUCGACAACGUCAUCUACUUCUGCUAACAAUACCACUAAAUUUGUUACUCUUGAGGGUGAGUCUGUCCCUGUCGUAAGACCUCCUUCCAUCGAUUCAAUCAACACAAACAAUUCGGAUAUGAGUGCGUAUUUAGAAGAGACAGAUGGCAGUUCUAGUUUGUGUCCCAGCAGGACAACGAUGUCGAAUGAUGUCAGUAUGGAGAGCAUUCAGCUAGUAUCUCCCUCUGCAGAAACUUGUGUCGUACCUACUUCAAUUCGUCCAAAUCUAGGAAUUGACGUAUCUUCAAGCGUCGUUGAGGAACAGACUGACUCGAAACCUGCUCUACAGAAUGUAAAGCCCCUAAUACCAGAUAAUGUACCAGUUGACAACGAGCAGUAUUGCAUUCAGUCAGAAUCCAACGGAAAUAAAAGAAUGGAACCAACACGAGUGAAGAGUGAUGUUAAUAACGCUAAUAAUCACUCACUUAUGCGUCAUCUUGUCAAAUUGACUUCUAAGAUCAAACCGGGCAGCUUUGACUCUAACGAAGAUGGGUCUGAUCAGAGCUGUAGCGAGGCAUACGUAGAGGCCUUAUCACCUUCCGAAGUACCCAACCUUUGCUAUUCAGGACAGAGCACAUCAGCUAAUAUUACUGUCAGAAACCACGACAAGGCACCUCAAAAUCCCACGAUACAUGACCGAUGCUCGCUUGACGGUAGCUUCACAUCGUCACUCGAACGCGCGAGGUCCGUUCAGGAUUCCGAUGACGACGCAUCCUAUGGUUCCUUUUGUUCGGCAGCGUCGCCUGGUGAUGUAAAGUUCAUCCAUGAUGACUUGAAAUCCAAACAAAUCUUAUCUUCAGAAGUACCAAUUAAUAACGAUCCUGGUUCACAAAUAUUUAGCACUCUUCAAAAUACUAACGUUAUAAGCAUGGUUUGUGAUGGCGCAGGAGUUGACAUUAAUAAACCUCCCAGUGAAGUGAGCGGCCACAACUGUGUCGGCGGUGAAAGUGUGAGUUCCACACUAUUUAACGACUCGGUAAAUUCAGAAGAAAAUUCCUCCGAUAGACCUGCAUCUUUGGAUGGUUGCAAUGUCGAGAUUUGUGACGACUUGGACUUGAGCGAGUCCCUUUCUUCUAUUAGUCAUAGCUCAAAGAUUGCAAGUAUUAGGAAUGAACUGAUGUUUGCUGACUCUGCUGAAACUUCGGAAUGUUCAACAGCUUCAGGACAGGUUGUUUCAGACGCCGACUCUUCCAUUAGUGAGGCUUCAGGCAAUCUUCGCACACAAAGCUUCAGCGAGGCUAUCACGUGCGCCAAUUCGAAAGUGAGUAAAGUUUCUAAUAUCGUGAGUUUAUUCAGUGAAGUAAACGGCUGUAAUGUUGAUACUGACCUCAGUAAAUUGAGAGGGAAACCCAAAACUGUUAAGCUGCGUACAAGCAUUCCUAUCGCUUCGGCGAAUGAUGGUGCCCAGAGCAGCACCUUCAGGUGCAUGCAGGCUGAUAUGAACGUUCCCGGGAACACUAAUUCUCUCUUAAAGUAUAAGAAACGGAAGGAGUUUUCUAGUCGCAAGGCAAUGUUUGAAAACUUGGAGAAAUGUCGUAGUGCUGCCCCAACGUCCGAUCGGAAAUGUGACAAUGUUUUUGCAGCUAGGAAAAGAACACUCAAGUCCAGUGGUGCAAUGAAGAAUGAUAACAAAGUGGAAAACAGUUCUACCGCAAACAUAAGUUGUGACUCUGAUGUUGUAAAGAGCAGCUCAAGUUGCACAAGCUCUAUUCAAUCGUCCAGCAUAGAUUCCGAAAAAGAUGUCACCGAUCUAUCCGAUCACAGGUUGAAGAAAUGCCAUCGCAAUAAAUUGUAUAUAACCCCGUCCAAUUUAGAUAAGAAAAUAAACAUUUCUCAAUCACGAAAAGAAAGUCCGAGAAUGGCGAUAAGUGCUGGCCCUGAUAAAGCCGGGACAUGUCCAGCGGCCAACAAUCACGAUCAAGAACGCAUCCAAAAGGGCAUUAAGAAUUAUUCUUUUAAAUCCAAGGAUGUUCAUUAUAGCUUUCCUCCGAGAUUGAUUUCGAGCGACUUGAAAGGCGAUAACUUUAAUUUUUCUACUUUGAAAAACGAUGGUUCAAAGAAGUCCUGCGACAUCCAAAAACCAAAAUCAGCCGGAGGAAAUCCAUCUAUGGAAGUUGGUCCUGCGGCUCAUGGACAUGGCAUCUGUUCCCCCGGAUCUCAGCGAAGGACGCGGCCAACGGUCCUUCGUGCUAAUCCACAUGACCGGUUCUCUGCGAGUGAUCUUUGUUCUGACAAGACAAGCAGGGUCAAAAAAUCCUCCAAAUAUCCUAAAAAAUUAUCAACAAACUUGUGUCCCUCUAAGGCGAUAGCAAGCCAUGCAGAAAAUACCACCGAGACGUUACCCAGUGGACAAAUUAUCGGUGACACGUCCGCUGCUGGAGCAGCGUUUGAGGGAAGCUCACUCGAGUCGGCAGCGCACAGCCGCAACAGGUUGCGUAUGAAAUCAUCUGCUCCAUCAACCCAUUCAGCUGCAGAAUCAAGCUGUUUUUUACCUAGUAAAAGAAGCAUUGAGCAGUCUAUGCCCUCGAAGUCUUUGAAAAAGAACCUCUACGCUGAAAUGUCGAAUGCAAGACCUGACGACGUCAACGUUGAUACACACGAAACUCUUGGCAAACCAAGUGGCUGUUCGCGGCAGCACGGGGUUGACGAUAAACCAGCUACCCACCUCAGCUGCAGCGAGUCUAGCGAGGUUACGAGCUCAGAGUACUGCGAGCUGACGCAGCUCAUCGAGCAUCUGGAAAGGGAGCACGACGAGCUCCAACUUCGCACUCGAGCUGAGCUCAACAAGAAGAACUUGGGCAAAACCAAGAGAAUUCCGCGAGUCAAAAACCUCAUUUCAAAAUUUGAACCGAAAUAGCUUUCGCAGGAGCCGAGUUUGUGUCAGCCCGGCACCACCAAGUGCCUUCGUGUAAGGCCGGUGUCCAGGUGGUCUACCUUGCCACCUGCCACCCUUUAGUGUCGCCGAAGUUAGUUGUAUGCAUAAGUACUGUAGCUAUGAAAAAUUUAAUAUUAGGCUGCUGCGCUGCAAUAGAUAAUUCAUUAAAACUGUGAAGUGUGAGGUUUGCCUGAUCGAGGGAUCCAUGUUGGUCUUAUAUUAUCUUCCCUCCGUCUGCAAUGACAGACCGCAAAAGCCUCAAUAGGUUUCGAUGGUCGCGUCGGUAACAUUUCGCUCUCGCCGCUGACUUCCGGUCUCAUAAUUUACAUAUUCAUUGAUUAUUCGCGAGAAUGAUCUUUUUACCGAACCACAUUGUUUUCUUUAAGCUCUCGCUCUCGUAGACUUAAUCGUCUGCCUACGUUCAGCAAUAUUGUGCAAUUAUAUUACCGUUGCUAUUAGUUUUUAUGCAGCUUCUCAACAUAUUGUGAAAUGGUUUUGUUAUUACUACGGUUAGCCGUUAUCUGAAAUGAUCAUAAUUUGUACAUGGAUAGUUAAAUUCGAAACCACUGCUCUAUCACGUAUAAGCAGGUGUUCUUUACUUCGUACUAUUUACUUUUUUUAGCAUUUAAUUUAGCAUUAUAAUACUAAUCUGUGAUUUUAUUAAGUGCGCUCCCGCAGUUGGCAUUUUCAUUUGAACUGCGACCGAGUCUUGCAGGGACAGGAGCAAGCCACCCUCACCUCAACACACUUUUAUAUAUGCAUAUGUCCAUAAAUUUAACAUUAAGGUUUCUUAUAUCAAUUUCAGGAGUGAUACAAAUUUCACUACGUAAGUAUCUUGAGGAGUUGUAGCGAAACUUGACCCGAGUUGUGCUCCAGGUUAACCUAUAACCGCAUACUCGUUGAAAGGCGCUAUGAAACCUGACUGUAAAUAUGAAUUUUCAGUUUAAUUUGCAUGUACGACAUAUGAGUGUGAUGAACACGACGCGUGAGUGUGAUGCGCAUGAGAUACCUUAUCAUAAUUAUUGAUGAUGCAAAUAACGAUGUUCUACGUCAGCGUGGUAACCGCGUCAUGUUUGUAACGUCACUCUGACGUCUCAACGUCCGCUGACGUGAUGUAACAGAAGGCGUCAUGAGGUAUCAAGAAGAGACGUUUGAUGCAUUGCUGUGUCAUAUGCAGUCAUAUUACUUCACUAUAGCGCUAACAGCGACAGUUCUUUUCAUCUAAUUAUUGAGAGAUGCUAUUUUCUAAAGCGCCUGAGCCCGGUACCACUCCGGCUUUUUACGACUUUUCCUUUGACGCGUCCUGAGGGCUGCUAUUCAGUAUUAAGUGUUUUUAUUUACAAUUCUACGGUUCCUAUUAUCUACAGCUCUACGGUUCCUCCGCGUGCUGAUCCGUUCGUAUUUAAGUUGGAUAUUUAAACAGCCAGAUGUAUCUACUGUGGUGUAUUGAAUUUCGUGAACAUUGAAGACCAUUCAGUUUAUAUAUUAAAACUGAUGAUGUACGAAAACCGUUCUUGGAUUUGUGUCAAGUUGCGGCUGUGGCUUCCUCUACUGUUAUUCAAGUUAUAUUUGCGUCUCUAUUUCAGCCCAAUUCUUCAGUAUUACGGUUUGAUGGCGGACAACACCGAAAAAUCGUUUUAAUUCUGACUGAAUAAUCGCCGGUAUCAGAAAAAUAUGGCUUAGUCUAUCAGUUUUUAUAAUCUUCUUGCUCAUUUGCAAAUUGGUUUAGUCGAGUGUCUUUGGUUGUAUAAACUUUAAAGCGUUCGAUGCGAUUUUCUCCUUUAGCCGUCUUCUGUACACCCUUGAUUUCUGUACAUAACACCUGCCUGGCGCUGUGAACAACAUCGAGCAUCGUGCAUAUGUGGGUUAGUCUUUGCCACCGCGUGAAUGUUUUGUAUGAAUCACGCUCUCCUAAUCAUCAUACGCUUCUUAUUGAAUAAUAUUAUGUAUCUAAGUAAAUGAUGAAGUGACAAUCAAGCGGUCAUCAUUUAAUUUAGAAUCUCCCACGUUUUGCCCGGAGUUCUACUCCCAAAUACUUCCUUUUACAUUAUCUCCUUCACAAUAUCCUUUUCGCGAAUCUCCCAUUCACGGUCUCCCUUUAGCGUUCUCCUUUCAUGUUCUCUCUUUACAGUAUCGGUGAGCCUCACCUUGUGCAUCUCGAACGGGGCGAGGCUCCAACACAACAGAAUUGCAAUGCAAUGCUGCUCUUGCCCCCAUUCAAUUUAUUGCCCUGCCUGCCUUGACUGAAUUUUCGUCCAGAGUCUGUAGUCGGCGCUCACCUUCAUUUAAUUCAUCUUUGUUUUUAUUAUUUGAAAUUCGCCCUGCCUGGCGCCACCGAAAUAUUUUGAUGUAAUUCGUUGAUGCAUCAGCAAUAAGCAGCGCAUGGUAGCAGCGUGUGUAGUCACGUCACUGCACAACUUGCAGUCUGACGGUAGCGUUAGACGUGUGACGGUGUUAGACGUGCAAUAAUGUCAUACGUGCGGUGGUGCUGGGCAUACGAUGGAGUUAAAAAUGUGAUGACGUUAGAUGUGCAGUGGCGUUCGACAUGACAGAUGAUCAAUCGAAGUCCUAGCUGGCCCGAGUUGUGUCCAGGCAAUCCAUGAGACUCGGUCAUCAGUAUUUCUCCUGCCAAAUAAUGCUUUAACGAAUUGAAUUACUAUUUACUUUGUUAUGAUAUGGUUUAUUUUUCUACGACGUGUUGCUCUUCUAGUCUUCGACGUUCCUCUAAUGUAUUUCCGUUUUAUCCGUCUGUGACUAAAUUUGUAACUGUUUUCACUAAGCAAAUUUUAUUUCUUAGCAAUUAUUUCUAGUAGACUUAGAACUUAGAUAGCUCGAAAUUGCAACUAUCUCUGAACGCUCUGAGAUGUUUUCUUUAUGUAUCCUAAUUUAACUGUAAAAUUGCAUUUAACGUAUUUUCUACGAUCUUAAGAUAAAUGUAUCAUUCAAGUAGCCUUGCAGGCCGAAGAUUGCCGUGCGGCAAACCGAAGUAUCAACACAGUCCGCAAGUGACGUUAAAUUAGAAGACGAUUGUUUUAAGAAAAAAUAUGUUCACAGAGUAAAGACUUUAGCGUGGCUCUUGCAAUUCGUGUCGAAGAACGAUACUCCAUCAAAAAAGUUAUAGAAUAAGUCUUAGCGGCAUCACGCUUGGAGGAAAGAACCAAUUUUUCGAGUUCUGUCACAGUCGCUCUUUCUGAACCUGUCAUAUGUAUAUCAGCGCAUUAUUAUCUUAAUAAUUGACAUUUUUCUAUUACUGUGAUUUUAUGCAUGACAUUUUCAUUUGAUGCUUUAAAUAUAACGUAAAGAGAU